GUGCAUCCCCUGUAAAGGUUCUCGGUUUCCUCCUACCCUUCCACGACCUGCUGUGGCUAUAUUAUCCUUUAAGCUUCCUUACUGUCAGAAUGCAACAGAGAAAGGCCAAAUGGAGGAACAAUUUUGGCAUUCGGUUCUGUUUCACAACUACAUUGAUUAUUUGGCUAAAAAUGGGUAUGAUUAUGAGGAGAGUGCUAAAACUCAAGCGGUAAAAGAGCAGCAGGAACUCCUAAUGAAAAUGUUUGCGCUUUCUUGUAAACUGGAACGAGAAUUCCGCUGUGUGGAACUUGCUGAUCUAAUGACUCAAAAUGCUGUGCAUUUAGCUAUUAAAUAUGCUUCUCGCUCUCGGAAAUUAAUAUUGGCUCAAAAACUUAGUGAACUUGCUGCAGAAAAGGCAGCUGAAUUGGCAGAAACUGAGACAGAAGAAGAACAAGAAGAGGAUUUCAGGAAAAAACUGAAUGCUGGUUACAGUCAUACCACUACCGAAUGGAGUCAGCCACAAGUCAAAAAUCAAGUUGAAGAAGACAACGAAGAUCGAGAAGAGACUGUUUCAGAAGAAAAACCAGAGCGACAUAACCAUGGGCAGAAGCCAAUCCGAAGUGAAAAUUCCUCUGAUAUGCCAGCUCUUAAACCAGGUGCAGUCUUCUCUAGCAGCCAAGGACGGGUAAACCCCUUCAAGGUACUAGUCAAUUCCAAAGAACCAGCCGUGUCAAUGAAUUCAACACGCUCAACUAAUAUCUUAGACAACAUGAACAAAUCAUCCAGAAAGUCCACUUCUCUCAAUCGAGCAGCAAAUAAUGAAAAAUCUCCAGUUAUAAAGCCUCUCAUUCCCAAGCCAAGGGCUAAGCAGGCAUCUGCAGCAUCCUAUUUCCAGAAAAGAACUUCACAGGCCGAUAAGACUGAGGAAGUAAGAGAAAAUCCCAAAGAGUCAUCAUCUGAAACUCCAGCUGUGUGUCCUCAAAACUCUGAAAACCAAAGGCCGAAGACUGGUUUCCAGAUGUGGCUGGAAGAAAAUAGAAGUCAUAUUUUGUCUGACAAUCCUGAUUUUUCAGAUGAAGCAGACAUAAUAAAAGAGGGAAUGAUUCGGUUCAGAGUGUUGUCCGCUGAAGAGAGGAAGGCAUGGACUAACAAGGCCAAGGGAGAAACUGCUGGCAAUGGAGCUGAAGCAAAGAAGCGAAAAUAUGUGGUCACUGAGGUUUGUGAGACAGAAAACCAGGAGGAAGCGGCCAAGGAGAAUGUGGAUCUGUGUAAGAAGCGAAAGUCGUUAGAUCUUUCUACCAAUGAGAAAUUGUCAGCUUUUGCAUUUAAACAGGAGUAAAGGAAGGAAGUGUCAAGAAAUAGAGAAACUUGCUUGGCUUCUGGUGGAUCCUGGACUUCUUUUAAUCCUUAGGGAACGCAUUAUUAUCGUCCUGUGUAUUUAGAGAUAGCUUUGUUUUCAUAAGGCAGUGUGCAGCUCUGGGGGAGUGCAUACCUCGUAUGCACAAAGCCCUUGGUUCCAUCCUUACUACUACAAAAGCAAAAAAAAAGUCAUGUAGUGAUUUCCUGUGUCAGGAACACCACAUGCAAGAGCUAUCUUGCUGAUUACUCUGCCUUUCAUGGACAGACGUGUCAUGAUUGCAGGGAAAACAUCGUGUCCCUGUGGAGACCAUUUUUAUUGUUUCUUUUAUUUAAAAAUCAUUAAAAGCCUCGGUCUUAAGACUGCUACAUAUUGCAUUACCUUCUAGGGCUUUUCUGCCUUUGUUUGGGUUUUGUAGAAGUGCCACAGCCAUGGCUUCCCGAGUGAGUUAUCACAAACUACUUUCUUGUCAACUUGACCACAGGACCAUAGUUUUUAAUAUGGGCCCCAAAGUGUAAAUAAUCCUGUGAAUGAGAUAUGUUAUUUUGUGUGUUUGGGAACUUUUUUAGGUAUGGCUUUCUGUUAUGUUUGUACAGCCUGGUUCUUUUGAAUAAAUAAAACUUUAUCAUUUGUA